AGUUGACGGCACCAGUCCGCCGGAAGACGAGUCGAGACACAGAGGUCCGGAGAGCACCAGACAUGCUGCGGUCGGCCGGACCAGUGCUGCUGCUGCUGCUGGCGGUCACCGCCGCUCAGAGCCCCAACUGCGACAUCGGCCAGCCGGAGGCGCUCAGCGACUGCGUCAAACAGCUCCUCGAGGGUCUCCGGAACGACGUCCACCAGAGCUCGGACCCGCUCCGGCUGCCGGGCUCCACCAAACAGGACGGCAGGGUGACCACCACCGUCUCCGACAUCCUCAUCCACGGCCUGUCGGCCUACAACAUCGACCACCUGAACGUGGAGUUCCCGGAGGGCGGCACCAGGCUCAACGUGCAGGCCACCAUCAGCUGGCCGCGCCUUCGUGGAAACGGGCACGCGAACGCCAAAGCCGAGCGACGCAUCUUCCGCAAGAAGCUGCGCGCCUCCGCGUCUGCCGACGUGGAGGUUCGCGUCAGCCAUCCGGUGGGCAGCCUGGACGUGGUCCUCGAGAUCGACGUGCACCCCAACGGCACCAUCGCGGCGCGGCCGCUCAACACCGCCGUCUCCGUCACGCUGGGUGACAUCGACGUGGAUGUGCACAUCGGCGGCCUGGGCGGCAUCGUGAACCGGCUGAUCGGCGACCCGGUCAGCAAGAUCGCCACGGCCGUCGCCGAGCACAACUGGAAGCGCAGCUGGCGCGCCAAGGCCGAGCGCAAGGCCAAGGAGGCGCUCGAGAAGGCCAUCGUGGAGAAGCUCGGGGUGCAGCUCAGUGAGCUGCUCCACGUGUGAUCGUCAGAUGGACACUGAGCUUUAACUGGCACCUAUCGUGGCCCUUGGGCUUGCGCCAAGACAUGGUGCAACUGCAACUCAAGGUGUGAGUAUUUUAGUCAUUUACUUGCCCGAUAAUGCAACAUUUGUACCCUCCCCUUGUGUCUUAUUUGUUGAGGGCAUGACAAUGUGUGAUAUUGUUAUUGGGUAUUUCG